AGGAAGCUCUCAUUCCCUGAUUGAACUCUUGGAAUCAGUAGACCAACUUUGGCCACCCCUUCUCUUCUGGUACCUCUACACUAUAUAAGCAAGCCUUCUCUCAUACAAGUUCUAUUGAUUCCCAUUGCUUUCAUUUGUCUACCAUUUCCUUCUUCCACACUCUUCCACAAUCACUCUUCAAAUCUUGGAGUCUGCAUGGAGGUAAUAGUAUGUAAGAUACAAUGUCUUCUUCACAAUUUUGUUCAUAAGAAACAAUGCAGAUAAGAUUCAGUUCAUAGUUUAAAAGAAUGGUUGAACGCUAUGGAACCCCAGAAUUCAUAUUACUUGGUUUUCUAUUGGUUGGAGUCCUUUUGUUUUGUUGAUAGAGCCCCAUAGUAUUUUGUUUUUGAUGAGUCUAUGUCAGCUCAUGUCCCUAGUAUUGUAUUAGCACUUGUCUUUGUUUCAAUAUAUCGUGUGAACCUCUUUAGUCUUCCAUUUUCUUCUGUCAAAAAAGAAAAUAUCUUUUUUCAUGCACAGGCUAUUGAGUUAAAGGUGGACAUGGUAGCAUUACAUGAGAAGAGAGUGAGAAAAUGCCUGUCCAAAGUGAAAGGGAUAGAGAAGGUUGAAGUUGAGGCAAGCAUUCAGAAAGUUGUGAUCACAGGAUACGCAAACAGGAACAAGAUACUCAAGGCACUGAAGAGAAUGGGGUUGAGAGCAGAGUUGUGGUCUGCACAUAAUGAAAUUCUCAGUAAUUAUGCCACUGGAAGCUUUAUGUUCAACAACUACAGUUUCUUCUAGUAAAGCAUUAUAUAUAUAUAUAUAUCUAUGUAUAAUACCCUUCAAUUAAGAUAACUUUGUUCUUUUAAUCUUUCUUUCUUUUGUUUGUUUUUUUCAUCUCUUUGCUUGAGAGUAACCAGUGACUAUAUAGGCUAAGAGAGGCUUUGUUCAUCCUAAUAAACCUAUGUUUCUUUGGCUAAGAGAUGGUAAAGAAACUUGUAAGAUUUUGUUUGAAUUGUGUAUGCAUUUUUAUCAUCAGUAAGUCCUGUUUGUCUUAA